AUGGCGCUCAGUUACACCGAUCUGAUGCAAUUGAUAUGGACCCUUUGGGCUGUAUCAUUCCUCUGCACAACCCUUAGGGGCUUUCUGCGAUGGAAGUCUCAACACCGACUCUUCGCAGACGACUACUUCGUCUUCUUCGGCUUGUUCUCCUUGACUGCCCUUUCCGCAGUUAUCACAUGUCUGCUACCGCAGUUCUUCCUUGCGCAAGAAUACUCAAAAGCGGCUAUAUUGGAUCCGCUCACGCCAUUGCCGCUACCGCCGGAUGAAUUCAUCGAGAGGACGCGUACGUCACUCAAGUUCAUGUUCAGCCAGAUGCUGUUGUUUUGGACUACACUGUGGGCUGCCAAGUUCUCCAUCCUGUUCUUCUUCAGACGUCUGGUAAUAGGACUGCCAGUAUACAUGCGCGCAUGGUGGGCGUCCUUUGUACUAGUCCUCCUCUUGUAUCUCGCAUGCAUCGCCUCCAACUUCCUAACCUGCCGACCCCUAUCCAAGUACUGGAGCGCAACCGGAUGCAGCGACCCCGAAGACCUCAUCCGAGCCGACGCAUCCAUCUAG